AUUGCAUAUUUAUAUUUAAAUACAACAGUAUCACUUUGACUGAAGAAACAUUAUAAUUUGAAUCUGGAAUCUUUUAUGGAAACAAUUAUAAUCUAUUGAGAAUAGGCUGAAGAGAAGGAGAAAAGGUUAUUGCAGAGGUGGAACUAAAACAUAAUACAGCAUCUUGUAACAAAGUCACUUUCACUCGACUCUUCGUACUAUCGAAAGUAUAAUUGCUCUUGUCUUAUUUUAUGAAUCAUUUGGUACCGUAAAUUUACUUUAAAUAAUCAAAAUGACAGUUUUAUUUACUGCAUAUAUAUUAUACAGUAUUCUUAUUUUGGUAAUUGGCGAAAAAUCCCUUAAUACAAUUCCGCAACAAUCAUCAAAUUUUAGUUGCAAAAGUCGUGACACUGGAUUUUACGCCGACAUUGAAUCAAAUUGCCAGAUUUACUACACUUGCGACGAUCACGGGAACAAAUUUUCAUAUAAUUGUCCGCAGGAUACAGUUUUCAACCAAGAAACGCUCGUUUGUGAUCACACGUAUCGAGUUGAUUGUCAGAAGUCUGCAAAAUUUAUCUUACAAGAUGUUAAAACGCAACAAAUUCAAGAAAAAGAUAUUGAAUCUGACAACACACAAAAUGCAAAUAAAUUUUCAAGAUCGUUCCGAAUAACACCUCAACCAUCGAUUUAUUUCUUAGCUCCUAAAGAUAAUAAUAAUAAUAAUACUAAAUCAUCAGUUCUAAAAGAUCAAUCUAAUUCCGGCAGUAAUCAAGAUUUCUUCAAAAGUUCAAGAAACUCGCAAUUCAACAGAGGAAAUUUAUUUUCUUCCGUAAUAAAAUCAUCAUCUCAACCAACAUUAACUUCAAGUACAACAACUACAACAACUCGACCUCAAUUAAGAAGAGACGACACCAAAAACUUUACUUCUAAAGUUGAGAAACAGAAAAUUUUCAGUUCUCAGAGAAGUAAUAAAAUAAAUGAUACUGAGUUUCAACAACCCUCCAGAACAACCACAAAAUCUUCAGUUGUUAUUGAUCCUUAUUCAGGAACUUUGAGAUCAAUACAAAAUAAUAAUAAAAUUUCUAAUAGUAGUACUAAGAAUCAAAAUAAUAAGAAAGAACAAUUUAUAGUUACAACUGUUCCAACAACGACAGCCGGAACGGAUUUUCCAAUUCCUAGUUUUGAAGAAUCAUUAUUUUCCGGAUUGACUAAUUUCAAUGAUGAUGAUCCAUAUUACCCACGCUAUACGACGAGCACAGAAGGAUACACAUUAGAAACCAUUGAGCAAACUCCAUUCUCCUUUACAACACAGCGAAUUAGAACAACUAAUUUUAAAUUGAAUCUAGUGGAUCUCCUGCCGGAUUUGAAUUCUGUUGAAGAUUUAGUCGAUCGUCGGAAGCAUCUUUUUAUUCCUAAAACUAAAAAUAUUUAGUUUAAUUUUCUGUUUUUAUUGUAAAGAAACGCAGGUGUAAAUUGAUGGCUUUAUAA